ACUCCGCCCAAAUCCCCGGGCCGCGCUCUGAGUGAGGCGCCAGGAGGUAGCCGCCUCCGCAUCUGAGACUGCGAAAGGGUCUUAACCAUGAGGGCUUCCUGCGAGAGAUCUGGGGAGGAUGAAGAGCAGAAGGAAGAGGCUGCAGCGGCCUGUGGGCAUCUUUCAAGGGUCCUUGAGGCGGAGCAGAGUUCCGAGGCCGAUUCGGACUCCGACCUGGAGACGGAAGGCACCCAUGGGCUUGGAGAACUGGUCAGGGACACCCUCUACCUGAGGUCUUGCCAGGUCCAUAGCGUUGUGCCCAUCUCCUGCUUUCUGUGCCAAGGGAGCGCCCCAGAGCUGAACCUCCGGCACCGUGGCCUGGGGCCCCAGGGUGCCCGUGCUCUGGCUUCCUCAUUGAGCUCCAGUUUAUCGGUCAAGCGGCUGGACCUUAGAGACAAUGGGCUCUGUGGGGCAGGUGCAGAGGCCCUGGCAGGUGCCCUGAGCAAAAGCAGCAGCAUCCAUGAUUUGGACCUGUCGGAGAACCAGCUGGGAGUGGCAGGAGCGCAGGCCCUCUGUGCCGCCCUGACUGUGAACCGGGCCGUGCAGAAGAUGCAACUGUCAGGGAAUGGCCUGGAGGAGCAGGCGGCCCAGCACCUUGCUGAACUCCUGCUGGCUCACACAGACCUGAAGUCCCUGGACCUGAGCUAUAACCAGCUGAAUGACCAAGCAGGGGAGACACUCGGACCAGCCCUGGCAGAAAACACAGGACUCACCGAGCUUAACGUGAGCUGGAAUCACCUCCGAGGCCCAGGAGCUGUGGCAUUUGCCAGGGGACUGGAGGCAAAUAUCUUCCUUAAAGUUCUAGACAUCUCAUACAAUGGCUUUGGGGAUCCUGGAGCCUCUGCAGUGGGUGAGGCUCUCAAGACCAACAACGUGUUGGAGGAACUCAACAUGAGCAACAACCGCAUCUCUGUGAUGGGAGCCCUGAGCCUGGGCCUGGGCCUCCGGGCCAACCAGACGCUGAGGAUUCUGGUAGUGUCCAGGAAUUUCAUGCUAUGUGAAGGCUGCUUUGGUCUCCUCAAUUCUGUCCUGGACACAGCCUCUACACUGGAACUGCUGGAUUUCUCUGUAAAAGCAUUUUAUCAACCUCAUUUCUGAUCCUCUCAAUAGCCCUGUGAGGUACUGUAAUCUC